CAAGUGUACCUUUUCAAAUACACUAGGUAACCAAAAUAUCAGCUAAAGAUGUUUUGAGUGUCUAAAACAAUAUUAAAUUACCACAAGAAAACGUUAUUCCCUGUACUCGAAUAACUUAGCUACAUUUUUAGUAUUCAAUUCUAACGUAUUAACUGGUGUAGCAAAAAUGGUCGCACACCACUGUUUUAUUUUGUUAUUACAUUCCAUACUACCAGUCAACUUUAUGAUGAUUGAAUCCACAAACCAAAUUUCACCGGCGUACUAUAGCAGUCGAACAUUCCCUCAUUCAUUCGUUAAAACCGUGAACACUCUGAAAACCUAUAAUGAGCGAGAAAUACAAUUUUGUGAAAAAGAAAUUACAAUUCUGACAAAUCCCGUUCAGACUUACAACGAUACUAAAGGCCGCGAUAAGGUGUUUGAUAAAUUCGACACGAAAGUCCAAGACAUAAUAUGCACUCUCUCUUUAAUAGUGAAAACGAAACUGGAGUACUUGACGAAUAUUCUGGAUGGAUUGCGAAGUGGAGGAGCUCUAGAAGUUGCAAUGGAUAAAUUAACUGUUUUAAAAGCAGAAGCCGGGAUUAUGGUCCUGUUGUUUCAAAGUGGCAAAGUCAAGGCGGGUAAAUGGUUUUGGAGUUAUUUUUUUAAAAUCCUGGCAAUUAUUGAAUACGAAAGUAACAAACAUUUCUUUGGGGAGACUCUAAUGGAAGAAGAAGAAUUACAAAGCGGUAUUAUAAGUUUUAUUAAAAACUGCAAGGUUGAAAAAUACCUUCCCAAGAAAAUAACGGAGUCGGAUUUGGUAUCGAAAAAUCCCAAUGUACCCAAAGAUAUAGUUAAAUACUUGCACAAGACUGUGCUAGGUUAUUAUUAUUCUUUCGGUAUGAAUUUCUUAAAAAUUUUCCAUUUUUAUUUAAAACCGUUUUGGACUGAAUUUAAAUUAUUUUUUGGGAAAAUAACAGGAUUAAUUGUAGAAUGGUUGCCGACGAUAAGACGGCACGUAGACGAAGUGAAUAAAACCAAGGAAUACAUUGAAAACGGCCAAUGGAUAUCGAAACCGUUCGGACACCUUAGUUACCACGAGUUAGUAAACCAAAUUAUAGCUGUGAGAAUGUACGCCUAUCUGUGGGUGAUGUUGGUAAUAUUCAAUAGAGAAAUGCCUAAAAUGGAUGUAAACAGAAUAGACGUCGUUUAUAACAAGACAAAAGAGGCAAUCGAAAUGGUACAAGAAUUCAUGCCACACACCGACACUUUUUUUUCUGAUGUAAUAGCAGCGUUUCAUUAUGCAAUGCACGAAGAUCUAAAAAAUUUCGACAGUAUAAUAUCUAGAAUAUCGGUAAGAGUCAAAGACAUUUUAGUUGAGUUAAACGGGCGUAAUUCUAAUGGUAGUGACUGGAUCAGUAUUGACACAAACGAAGAGUUUAGCGAUGAUAUGAAAGAGCCAUUUCUCCAUGAAUUUGGGAAUAAUUUUAAUCUAUUAAGAAUUAAUUUAAUGCCUUUAAAUUAUGCGCUUGUGUUGAGUUUUCUGGCAGAAGGUAAAUGAUAUAUUAUCAAGGAUAAUGGCCAAAUUAUUUAUCUAACAUUGCACUUAUAAUUUGUAAUUUUUGUUCAUACAUCUUCCCAUAGAAAUAUUACAAUAGGCUAGAAAUAUCCUACUUCGUCACCAUGAAUAUACCAACCUUAUCCCGUUAAUAUUUAUAGGACCUAAUAUUGUUCUACUCUUUUCCCUAAUCUCUCUACGUUAAAUUGUAUUAUUUUUUAAUGUUAUCUUAAGUAUAAAUCAUAUUAUUUAUUAAACAUAAUACAUAUUUUUAAUAUUGUUUUCACAUUAACAUACAAUAAAGCACCACUUUAAAACUGUUGUAUUCAAAAGCUCGUCUUUGCUUUAAAAGUAGAAACCAUAAAAAAAUAGAAGUAACUCUAUUACUUAUUGUAGUUUUCUAACUUAACAAAAAGGUUUAUUUGCAUUUCUUUUUAGUUUA